GCGAGAACACCUGCCAUUUUGGAAUUUUGUACUAAUUUUUGAGGAGUUUUAGUUCUCAAAGAUAUGGAUGAAAAAUCGACUUUGAGCGGCGACGGCCGUGUGGGAGGCACCCCGCCUUCACCGAGAACGACUCUGACUAGGAAUAGUGAAGAUAAAGAGGAGCCUGCAGAAGAAGGAGGAGGAGAACCUGACGAGAGGAAUGGUCAGACAAAUGUGAGCGACGCCGCCUCCGUCGAUGGCUCUGUAGGAAAGAUGGCGGCGAAAGCAGUCGCAGUGGAGAAGUGCGAGACGGAAGAGAAAUCAGAGAAGCCAAACGAAGUAGCGUCGGUGAUCGAAAAGGAAGAUGCAGAAAACGAGCAAACGGCUGCGAAAGAAACAGGAAAGGAAGAAACAGAAAACGAGCAAACGGCUGCGAAAGAAACAGGAAAGGAAGAAACAGAAAAGGAGCAAACGGCUGUGAAAGAAACUAGAAAGGAAAAAACUGAAGAAAAGGAAGCGAAAGACGAGGAGCCGGAGAAGUCGUCGCCGCCGGCGGAAGAACAUCGUAAGCCAGCUGGCGACGACAAAGAAGAAGAACGUCGUAAGCCCUCCGGCGACGAAACCCCGCGUGCGGACCCAGCGAGUGAGGAAGAAGCAAAGCCAGCAGCAGACGAGAACGCGGAGAGCCGCAGGGAGGCAGACACGCCGACGGAUGCGGGCGCCGAGGAUGCCGGGAAUCUCAAACCUAACGAGUCUAACGAGGUUAACGAAUCCGCCGACGUCGUCGCCGAGGAGAAGCCGAGCCCUGACUCCGUCGUCGCGGAGACGUCAUCUGCCGAUGCGGCCCCCGUCGCCGUGGAAACGCGCGGCGAGAGGUCGCGGGAGGAAGCUGAGGCCGCGCGGACGAGAGGUGAAGCCAUCGUCGGAGACAGGAAGAACUCGCAGAACGAUGAGGAGAUGGAGGUCGAGGCGGCGGCGUCCGAGAUAAUGCCGGCGGAAGACGUUAGCGUGGCAGGGGGCGCUGCUAGCGGUGUGUCAGAACCUCACGAAGAGGAAAUGCCGAUGGAAGUGGACGAAGUGGUCGAGAAAGUGGAGAAGGAGGAGGAGGAGAAGGAAGAGGGGACACCCUCGCGAGAACGUGCAGCGAUAGGUGGUGACACAGCAAUAGCCUACCAACUACCUAAGGAUACAGCAGUAGCUAAGGAUACACCAGUAGCCAUCGAUAGAGCGAUAGCAGAAGAUAAAGCAAUAGCUAAGGAUACACCAGUAGCAGAAGAUACGGCAGUAGCCAUGGGUACAACAGUAGCUGAGGAUGAAACAGUAGCUGAGGAUGCUGCGAUGGAAGAAGACAAUCUAACGAUGGAGGCAAACCUAAUGACAGAUAACAAUACAGCUGUGAAUAUGAUUACAGCAAUAGAUGACACUGCAGCUAUGGUUGACAAUGCAGCGAUGGAUGACAAUGCAGUAAUGGUUGACAAUGCAGCGAUGGAUGACAAUGCAGUAAUGGUUGACAAUGCAGCCAUGGUUGACAAUGCAGUAAUGGUUGACAAUGCAGCCAUGGUUGACAAUGCAGCGAUGGAUGACAAUGCAGUAAUGGUUGACAAUGCAGCCAUGGUUGACAAUGCAGUAAUGGUUGACAAUUCAGCGAGGGUUGACAAUGUAGCCAUGGUUGACAAUGAAACAAUAGAUGACAAUGCAGUAAUAGCUGACAAUGCAGCGAUGGUUGACAAUACAGCAAUGGCUGAUAAUUCAACAAUGGCUGACAAUUCAACAAUGGCUGACAAUUCAGCAAUCGCUGACAAUCAAGAUGUAGGUGACAAUUCAGUGAUGGCCGACGAUGUAACAAUGGCAGACGAUGAAACAAUGGCGGACGCGGCAGCAGUGAGCGACGACACAGCAGUUGAUGACGACAUACCAUUGGCCGAGAAACCGCCGCCCGAUAAACGUGCAGCGGACGAGACGGCCAAUCACGACGCGGGAAGCGAUCACGUGACCGGCGAGAGCAAAGAGAACACGAAUGAACAGUUUGAUGAGCAAGUUGGCGAAGACGAUUCUGACGAACCCGACUUCGUUUGGGAGGAAUACCUCGAAGAGACGGGCACGCUCGCAGCGCCACCUACCAGCUUCAAGCACGUGAGUGAACGACGUCGCGGACGACUGUUGCUGAGAUACGAGGGCUGUGAGACCGCGGCGCAUGACUUCUGGCUGUUCUACCUGCACGUGCGCGUGCACCCGAUCGGCUGGGCUCGCGACAACGGGCUCAAGUACGAGCCGCCCGCAGAGCUGGAAGGUUUUCGCAAGGCGUUGGUGCUGCCCUCUACGUUGUCGCCGCCGCCGGAGUCGUCGGAUAAGCUUGCCGACGCUCACCAGGUGGCAGCAGACGUGCCGGGAGGCGGGGAUGAGAAGGGGAAGCGUCCGGACUGGGGCGCGGUGUGUGACGUCGUGUUCAAGGAGACGCAGGGACUCAUGCUGCCACCGGACCUGUUCCAGGACUUGUCGAAUCUGAAGCCCCAUCACUUCAAGGUCGGCAUGAAGAUGGAGAUGCUGCACCCGUUGCUAAGGAACCAGCUGUGCCCGGCAACCGUAACUCAGGAGAUGCCGCAGCAUCACGGCUUUGAGAAGGGCAUGAAGCUGGAGGCAGUGAACCCGCAUCAGCCGAACCAGGUGUGCGUGGCAACGAUAACGAAGAUCAUCGAUCGCCUCGUGUGGCUGCACAUAGAAAGCAACGUCAGCCGUGCAGCCGCGAAGCCAGUACGAAACCACAUCUGA